AUGGAUUUUUAUGAAAAUUAUAAAAAGAGAAGGGAAGAAUUGAAAGAAAAAUCCAUAAAUAUUUCGUUAGAAGAAGGGAAAAAAUGCUGGGAAAAACAUCACAGCAAAAGAAAAGCAGACUAUAAUGAGUGCAGCAAAAAUUCAGUAUUUUUAUAUCAUGUAUUUUCUGAUGGGAAAAGAAGGCUUAAUGCUAGCUCCUCAGUUGUUAGCAAGCAAAAAUAUGAAAAUAUUUGAGGUGAAAAAUCUAAUUUAAUUCAUUAAUUAAUAUUUUAGUAUCUUUAACUUUAUUACCUUAUUUAUGCCUAGCCUAAUGCAGCUCUUUGAUGGUUUUAUUAAUCAAUCCGUUAUCUUCAAUUGCUCCACCUUAAUAUUUUAGUAUCAAACAGUUUAAAAACUUCUAAAUUUUAUGCAAAAAUAGAAUCAAUAGAUUUUUUUUUCUAAAAAUAUGGAUUUUUCUUAUUAGAUAAUUGCUCUUCAAUAAUGGGACGAGUAAGAAAAGAGAAAAUAAACAAAAAUGUGAAGAACUCGCUAACCCUGCUCAGCUAAAAAUCUGCAAAUUAAAGGUCUAUGAAGAUUUAUGCAAAGAUUUAGAAAGUCUUAAUAGAAAGUUAGAUAGGGAAUAUUUAUCAUAUAAAGCAUCACUUUAA